CAACUGGAGCAAAAAACGGGGAGUCCGAUAGUAGGACGAAGUCUGGAAGGUUGCCUUGUAUCUCCAGUUUGAUCUCCAGCCCCGUGCUUUUUGGCUAUCCUAUUUUCAAGCCUGCUUUUCCUUCUCUCAGCCUGCAGAGAUGGACCUGCUUCAUAGUUGUGGGGUGACUCUAGCUAUCCAUUUACAGACAGAGUACCGGGACUAUGUGAAUGUGUUUCAGUGGGUCUCCUCAGUGGCGGAUCUCCACACCACCUUCUUUGUGUUUUUUCCCAUUUGGUUUUACCUGCGCAGAGAUGUUGCUGUUAAACUCAUAUGGGUGGCUGUGGUUGGAGAUUGGCUGAACCUGGUCUUGAAGUGGGUGCUGUUCGGUGAAAGGCCUUACUGGUGGGUGCAUGAGACAAAUUUUUACGGGCCUUUAAAACAUCCUGAACUGCAACAAUUUCCCAUCACAUGUGAAACCGGACCAGGAAGCCCAUCGGGUCAUGCCAUGGGCUCUGCAGGAAUUUGGUAUGUGAUGGUCACAGCAGUGCUUUCCAUUGCUGCUGAAAGAAAAAUACCUGCUCUACAUUAUAGGUUUUUACAGUUGAUGCUGUGGAUUCUGCUGGGUUUGGUGGAGUUACUGGUGUGCAUGUCUAGAGUCUUUCUGGCAGCCCAUUUCCCACACCAAGUUGUCAGCGGAGUUAUUUCAGGCAUAGUUGUGGCAGAAAUAUCCUCCAGAGUGCAGUGGAUCUACAAUGCUAGUCUCAAGAAGUACUUCAGCGUAACUCUGUUCCUGCUGCUCUUUGCGGUGGGCUUCUACGUUUUGUUGAAAGCUCUAGGUGUGGAUCUGCUGUGGACAUUGGCAAAGGCCCAGAAAUGGUGCAUCAAUCCCGACUGGGUCCUUAUGGACACCACCCCCUUUGCCAGUCUUUUGAGGAACAUGGGAACCCUUUUUGGUUUGGGGCUAGGUCUUCACUUGUCGUGCUACAACAAACGCAAGAAAAACAGCAGUGCCACCUUCAGUGCAGGAUGUAUUUUUGUAUCAUUGGUACUGCUACAGCUUCUGGACUCAAUGACGUUUUCCUAUAACAACCAAUUAAUUUUCUACCUUCUGUCAUUCUGCAAGAGCGCUGCUGCUCUGGUGGUGCCCACUGCACUUGUUCCUGGUGUGAUAUCUUGGCUUUCUUCAAAAAGCAAAUAUAAAAAGAACAUGUAGCACAAUAUUCAAAUGGUUCAAAUAAUUGAAUGGUACAUCAUACAUUAAGUUUGACUGACACAGAUUUGCUGUGCAACUGCUAAUGCAAAUUUUUCAAUACAAAUGCAGUGGUCAAAAAAACUUUUUUAGUGAGCAUGACUGUUGUACACUGUUAUAAAAAUACCUCAGAGAAGGCAUGUACAGGAUGGGUGGCAACAAAACGUUCAUGUAAACUGCUGACCGAAGUCUCCUGAUUUAAGUCUGCUCGGUGGUUCUCAACUGGUUUUGUGUAAGGAGACAGAUUGUACAUUAAAAAAUCAAGUUGCAAUCCAACAUACUCUCCAAAAUGUUUAGCAUACAAAAGUAAAUGAAAAUUCCCCUAGUUAAAAAAAUUUAAAUGUAUUAAUGUUCCAAAUUUUAUGGCAUGUCAUGCAACUUUUGUGCAUUGUCCAAAACCAUUAGCAAAAUACCUUAGUUUGAUUGAAUGCAAAGACUUCAAGUGAACAAAAUAAGACUUGAUAAGUAAAAAAAAUGGAUAAGCCAAAUGUAUUUCACUAUCCUAAGGAUGCAUGAUUAUACAGUUGCAUUUUAUUAUAAAUGAAAUGCAUAACUUCUUUACAACACAGAUUUCCUUCAUAUUAUGGCACCUGCUUAUCUUGUUAUCUGUAAAUGGGUUUAAAGCAGGCUAGCUUAUAUGCUAAACAACAUUCAUUCAAUUCCCAUGUUCAAAGGUCCCUCAGUCAUGCUCUGCACAGAAGGUACAUGUUUUGUAAAUUUUUCCUGCUGACUGUUGUUAUUGGGAUCAUUCAUCUCUAUUUUAGUUUCAGUACCAUGAACCUCUAGUGCUUCCCAAUCUAACAACAGAACAAAAAGCAAAUUCUACACAUUAGAUUAGAUUAAUUUCCUACAGAUAAGGUUAGUUUAAAUUCACAAAAAACUUCCUAGAAGAACUUAAUGAUGAACUUUUAUGUCCAGGCAAUGUUGAAUCACCCCUUUUUAAUAUUAUGUAAAGAUUAAGAUUUUUUUUUGUUUAUGUAAAAAUAUGUCUUUUUUUUUAAUUGAUGCAUUAACCAUUCCCAUCAACUAAUGUACAGUACAGUGUGCACUGUUUAUUGGAAAGUGAAAACAAGCUGUUUUGAACAAGCUGGGUAGAACCUUAAAAAUCAUUGGUGUAACCUAAUGUAGUCAGGCUUAUUCAGUCAUACUUAACAAUAUCUUUGAUUUAAAUAGAACGAGCUAAUUUAGAUGUUACCGCAUAAAGCAGUUUUUAUGUGACACGACAUAUCUUUCUUUUUUUUUAUUUAAUUUCUUUCUUUUUUUGUGUGUAAGUACUUGAAAUACUUCAAGACUCUAAGAUGUCUGACAUAGACAUUAUACUGACAACGUUAUAAACUUGGAACCAAACAUCAGUGUUUACUGUAGCCUACUAAAGUAGGAUAUCUCCUGACAUGGUUUUAAGAUUGAUACUCUUUCAUUGAGUACUGUAUCUUCAAAUCAUUAUACAUAACUUUUAAACUUUCCUUAUGCAUGCAUGCAAAAAUAUCAUUGUAAAAUUAUGUCUUUCACUUUUACUUAUUUCAGACUUGCCCAUAAUGUGACAUAAUAAAUGUUUUUAAGUGCUGAUAAUGUUCCUUUCAAUUUCGCUUAUGCAUUUUAACUCAUCACAUGUGUUAAUUUUUCACUGACAAGUGAGACCUUCCUACAGUACUGAAAAUAAAUGAAUUAACCUAUUUAAUAAUUUGUAUUUUGUUUUCCCCAGAUAAGUGAAGACAUUUAUUUUACUCCUUGGAUAGCUUGAUGAAAACUCUUUAAAAAGUUGAUACUUAACUGAAAAAUGUAUGUGACCUCAAUUAAAACUCCUGAACUAAUAAAUACAACGCCCUGGU